AUGAGAACGGUUCAAGACCAAAAACAGAUGUGGCUUUUGUUGCUUCUUACCUUUAUUUCACCGUUGUACGCUCUUCCUGCGAAUUGUAAACUGCCAGUCGAUCUGGGGAAGAAAUGCAAAGGACCUCCUCAAACCAGAUAUCAUUUCGACCCAGAAACUCGUAAUUGUCUUCCCUUUGGUUACACUGGCUGUGGAGGAAACGGCAACAACUUUCAGGAUGCACAAAAAUGCUACACUACUUGCAUGACAGCAGAUCAGCUGAAAAUUUCAUGUGCAGCCAAUGCGAAACCCAAGGGAACCUGCGAUAAAAGAGGAUUGUGUCCGAGUGGCACAGUCUGUUUGUUCGAUGGGAAAUCUGGAAUAUGCUGCGAUCAGCAAAACGAGGAAAAGCUUCAAGCCGACUUAAAUCCGAGCUGUGGGAAUAAGAAGUUGUUACAACAAGUGAUUAAUGGACAAGCAUUUCCAGUGCUCGGCAAGAAGUGCAGCUAUAACUUCUGUCCCAAGGGAAGCCGAGAAUUAGGCUCCGCUUCUUGGAGGUUGCCAAGAUACUCAUAUCGUGCGUUCCAUAAUAAAGCCAGAACUCAAAACCUUAGGAAGACUAAGAUAAUGUGGCACCUGCUGGUCCUAGCAAUGUUAUUCCCAUUACAUGUGGAAUCGGAAAAUUCCAUGAUCGAUUGCAUAAAAUCGCUCAGAAUGGGGAAGCAGAACUGCAAGACAACUCCGAAAAUUAGAUACUAUUUCGAUGCAAACCAUUACAAGUGCUUUCCGUUCAAAUACACUGGAUGUGGUGGAAAUGACAAUAAUUUUAUAGAUUGGAAAGAAUGCUCCGACUUAUGUCUUCCACCUGCAUAUUUUCGCUGUCCCGGCAAUGGAACAAAAACGGGUAUGUGCAACGAGCAGUACAAAUGGAGCAAAUGUCCAAAAGGAUCCACCUGCGUAAUGGCAAAUGAGUACGGAUUCUGCUGUGAAGACAAAGACAGGAAAAUAGCAGCUGACGAGAACCCUGACUGCGGAAAAAAGAAGGUGGUCAAGAGCAACUAUAGGGGAUAUAUGGGCACACUGCAGGGCUUGAGUUGCAGUCACAACUUCUGCCCCAAGGGUAGCGAAUGCCGGAAAGGAAAUUAUUUCUCUUACUGUUGCCAGUAAUUAUGCUGUCGGCUAUGAAGGUUUUGCAUCUGUAAAAAUGGUUGGAUAAGCUUAGUAAACGUUUUGCAUCAUGUACAGAA